AUGUGUCAGAGAAAUCGUCGUUGUUUGCUUCUUUGUCUUUCAAUGUUUCUAUUUUAUUUUUUCCUUUUUUUUUCUUUUCUUUCUCGUUUUUUUUUUCUUUUUUUCAUUUUACUCUUUCCCGCCUACUUUUUUUUGCUUUUGUUUUUAGUUUUAAUUUCGUUCUCUUUUCUUUUUCACGUUCUGUGUUUUUCAUUUUCCGAUUCAUUUCACUUCUUUUAUUUCAAUCUCUUGUUCUUUCUUGUUCGCUCUUCAAACGUCUCUGUAGUUGUUCAAUUUUUAGAUUUUUUUUUCUAUGCUUUGCUUUUUUAUUUCGAUUGCUUAUUUUUUUUUUUUUUUGUCUGUCUUUUUGAUCUGUUACUCUUUCAGAUUUUUUUGUUUUUCUUUCUUUUUUUUGUUUUUUUGUUUUUUGGUUUUUACACCUUUUCACCUUUUCUCAAAGGUUUUGUCUCUGUAUUUCAUUUCGUUGCUGUGACUUUCACUGUCUUUUUUAUUGCGUCUGCAUUUAAUGUUUUAAAUCUUUUGUUUUUCUUUUUGCUUAGGUUCUUUCUUUUCUUUUCUUUUUCUUUCGCUUUCUUUCUUUUGGUUUUCAUUUUUUAUUACUUCUUAAUCUUUAUUUUUUCUUUCUUUUCGUUUGACUUCUCUCUUUCUAUUUCUUCUCUUCUUUUUUCCCUUUUGAUUUCAUUUAUUUUGCACUGCUUUCUUUCUUUCAUUUUUUCACUUUAA